GUAAAUUUUUAAUGCAGUAACUGACUGAAAGGGAGAUUGAUUUGCUUCUUUUUUUUUGACUUCAAAAAUGGAGUUUCAAACAACCAUCCAUGAAUAUUGGAAGAACACGAUAUGUGCAAGUGAAGCUGCCUUGGGCUUGCUAUCAGCCUUCGAAUCUAUGGAAUAUGCGAUGAUUGAUGACGCUAUAAAGCCUUUGAGAAGACUUGUCGGACACGGAAGAGACUUUGAAAAAGUGAAAUCUUAUAAACCACCUCCUUCCCAAUCUCAGCCUACGACAAUUAAAACUCAUAGACCUAUAAUCCAAGCAGACUAUGACCAACUUGAGCCUGGAUGGGAGCGCCUGGAUGACAAUACAGUACGUGUGUCUGUUGACAACGGAGAGUACAUUACAGCAAUCAAAGUGACUACAGAACAACAAUUGAAAUCCAUCGUUCCAGAAAUCGAAAAAAGUGAAUGUAUCGCUAUCGACUGCGAAUUCCUUGGUGUCAAGAGAGAGAUGCCUGUUCUCAAACUAUUGCAAAUUGCUGUAUCAAAAGAAAAAGGCUAUGCCAUCCAAGUUGAUCUUAUCGGUCAAGAAGCUGUCACACGCCAUCUGAAACCCAUUCUGGAAAAUGAGAAAAUAAACGCUGUAGGAUGGGCUUAUCGUGCCGAUGCCAUGGCCAUUGAAUGUUACUUUAAGCAAAUCGAACUAGCUCCUGUUCUUGAUUUGCAGGCUAAAUUAAAGCCAAUUGCUGUUGAACAACUUAGCUUACAUAAUGCCAUGAUCAAGUUUGCUGGCAACUGGAAAGGGCUUCAAGCGUUCACAAACGUCAAACAGCUCCGUAAUGCAUUCAAUUAUUCGGCUGAAGACUGUAUCUGGACUAAGGAUCCCUUACCUGCAAAGGCUAUGGUCUAUGCUAUCUUUGAUGUUGUCAGUUUGAUUGCCUUGAAUGAAUAUACUGCUGAACAUCCUACCGAGAUGGACUAUUUCUGGCCUUACUCCGUAACAAACGCCUCAGGGCGUAAGGCUCUCGACCGUUGGCACCGACAACGUGCGAUUGGCAAAUGCUCUCCCUCUGGUAGCCAAGAUCUUUUGACGGUGAUUGACCCACAGAAAAAGAACUUAUCUGAAACACAAGCGUCUCCGAGCGCCACAAGCAACGAUUAUGAUGAUAGCAAUCCUGACUAUCAACGACAAUUGCAGGAAGCAAUCAAGCGAUCCAUGGUUGAAGCUGCAUCGCCUACAGUCAAAACCACAAAUGAAGACGAACCAGCUCAAGCAACCGAUGUCGCGAGUAACUGGCAUGAGGACGAGGCGGAGGACACAGAGUUAUGCGAAAAGAAUGACUGGAUGAAUGAAUUGUCUGAGAAGAAGACAAAUAUCCAUUUUGCUGCUCCUCCGACCAGCAAACAUGAACAACCCUCUGUCGUACCCGAUUCCUGGGACUCUAACGAAACAGAGUAUCGAUCAUCUCCUAGAUCCAAGUCGCGAGUAUCCUCUUCCGAAGACAGUAUGUGGGCCAGAUCGUCGCAAAGAUAUGCCAACUUUCAAAAAUCACCUCGCUUUGGUCAUUCAUUUCAGUCACAUCAAAGCGGUAAUAGGUAUCAGAGUUCACGUUUUAGCAACAAUAACAACUACAACAAUCAAAAAACAAGACAGUAUUCAUCUAACCAACGCAGCCCAUCAGUAAAUAGCCCCAGCAGCGGCAGUAACAGAAAAAUCUUCCAAUCCAAGCCCACAAAGGAUAUCUACAGCACUGAGCUAAAAACUGGAAACGCUAGCCACUCUGGUGAAUUUUCAUGGGACCAAUCCAAGGCAGCCGAAAGAGCAGAAGAAAGUUGGAGAGAGUUUGCAGACAAGAGUCAAGUACUUUGGGAGAAAAAAAUAGAUAUCGAUCCUAAAGAAAUCGAUACACGACCGCCUUCAUCGUCACCCAAUCCUCAAACACCACGACAGGCCCAAAAGUUUAACACGGUUGCGAUCCCUUAUAACAACAACAACAACGACAGCAAUAACGAAUGGGGUACUCCAUCAGAAACGACGGAUAAGGGACAGUCCAGUUCUUGGGAAGUGGAAGAAGAAAGGCCUAGAUCGAUGAGGAUGCCAAUGAACCAAAUACCGAUCCGACAACACUUUAGCGGGCCCAAAGUAAACAAUCCAGAUGACCUUGACGAUGACGAUGAUGAUGAUGACAACAAUACGGAAACAGCGACUCAACUGACAGAAGACCUGCCAACCUUUGUUGACACUGCCUAUUUGGCUGAUAACCCUUACACUCUCUACAUGCAUAAAUGCAACAUGCCUGAACAUUUGCAGAUGAUUGCAAUUCCCGAAAAGGACUACACUGUUGCCAUCACGUAUUACAAGGCCAGUAUCGAAAAUCGCCCGACCCUCAAAGCACUUCAGUUACUCAUCGCGACGGACGAAAGUGCAGAUUCUUAUACUAUCGUGAUCGAUCAAGCAUGCUUAUAUCCAGCUACACUGAAAGACACCAAACUAGGUAUUUUACUCAGCAAUCCUGAUACCAAACGACUCAUCUGGUACGGCGAAAAUCUUUAUAGUGACAUGGACAAACAACUUGGUCUUACCAUGGGCACAUCCCAGGAUGUCUCGAGUAUUAUUGAAAAAGGUAAUGUGAGUAAUUUCAAUGACGCUGUCAAUUAUUAUUUGAAAGAUUGGAAGGAUUAUGAUCAAUACAGAGAGAAACAGAAAGCAAGACAAGGAGUACAAGAACGAAAGUUUUCAAACUCGCUUUGGGAUGAAAAGAAUUUACGUCCUGCUGUUUUGGAAUACAGUGCAUUCAGUGGACUGGCAUUAUACAAAUUGUAUGAAUACACUACAAGAUUAAAUUGACAAGAAAAAGAACAGUAAAGAAGAAGAAAAACGCAUGGUUUUUUUUUCUUUUUAUAAUUUCAUAUACCAUUUAUUUCAAUAAAUGAUUUUAUCUCCUUUUAUGUUAAAACACACACACACAUAUAUCCCUUCUCUCUCCUCUAUCUCUCUUUUUUCUCCCCUUGUCUCUGUGUUUAUGUUUGUGUAAAUUCAUGCGAAUGCGCCUGCUUAUGUUUUAUAUAUUAUUACUAUAUACUCCUUACCAUUAAAACGAAGGUUGUCAUUCUAAAAAAGGGUUUAAAUAAAAUUGAAUCUUCCUAUUCUUUAGAGAAAUAAUAUAAAAGAGGAGAUGAAGAAAGAAUUUAAGAGGGAGAAUAAACAAAACAAACAAUGAUGCCUUUGUUUAAGGGGGGAUUCAAAGACAGCAAAGAAAAGGCGACGCAUAAAUCAAAAGGGGAAAAGUAUUUAAGAAAAUAAAAUCAUCAUUAUUUGCAUGAAU